UUUUCAGCAAUAGUAUUCUAUUCGAUGAGGUGUUGACAAAGGGAACGUGUUGUUGAAGGGACAAUCUCAAAAACCUUUCUUCCUCGUACCCUUACCUCUUCCUCCUUCAAUCUCCUUUUCAAUUUCCCAAAAUCCUUAGUGGGAGGAAGAGAUGGUUCUGUCUCAGAAGCUUCACGAGGCUUUCAAAGGCACCGUCGAGAGGAUCACUGGCCCGCGUACCGUUUCCGCCUUCAAAGAAAAGGGUGUUCUCAGUGUCUCCGAGUUUGUUACCGCCGGCGAUAAUCUCGUUGCCAAAUGCCCCACCUGGUCCUGGGAAUCGGGUGAGCCAGGGAAGAGGAAGCCAUACUUGCCACCUGAGAAACAGAUAUUGAUCACUAGAAACGUGCCUUGUCUUCGGAGGGCUGCAUCUGUUGAAGAAGAAUACGAAGCUUCCGGAGGGGAAGUUCUGCUUGAUGGUGAUGAUGGCUGGCUAGCAACUCAUGGGAAACCUAAAGAAAACAAAUCUGAUGAGGAUGAUAAUUUACCUUCCAUGGAAAGCCUAGAAAUCAGCAAAAAGAGUUCUAUUAAGCAAAUUCCUUCUUACAUGGGAGCUGAGGAUGACGACGAUAUUCCGGAUAUGGCAGACUUUGAUGAUAAUUCCAAUGUUAUUGAAAAUGAUCCUGCCACUCUUCAGUCCACGUAUAUAGUAGCUCAUGAGCCUGAUGACGAUAAUAUUCUACGAACCCGAACUUAUGAUGUCAGCAUCACGUAUGAUAAAUAUUAUCAAACACCACGAGUAUGGCUUACUGGGUAUGAUGAGGCAAGAAUGCUUUUGCAACCAGAACUUGUCCUUGAAGAUGUUAGUCAAGACCAUGCUCGCAAAACGGUAACAAUUGAAGACCAUCCUCACUUGCCUGGGAAGCAUGCAUCUAUUCAUCCAUGUCGACAUGGAGCAGUGAUGAAGAAAAUCAUUGAUGUCUUGAUGUCACGUGGUGUUGAGCCUGAAGUUGACAAGUACCUAUUCUUAUUCCUAAAAUUUAUGGCUUCUGUAAUUCCAACAAUUGAGUACGAUUACACCAUGGACUUUGAUCUUGGUAGCUCCAGCAAUUGACCAAGAUGGUAGCUGCUACUUUAAAGGGCAUAUUAUAUUGUCCAGUGUUGGUUUCCAGUGAUCCAGAGCACCAAUGCUUUCUGUUUAUUUCUGAGCAUAAUCUUUGGUUGUCACACAGUUGGUGUACAUGUCAUGUAAAUUAUGACAGUGUGAGUCAUGAUUAUCAAUAUGUUGGACCAAUUUCCUUUAAGAUGUGUACAUAAUUGGCACACAUUCGUGUAUCUAACGCCAUUCUUCUCCCUAUAAUAUGAAAUAGACAAGGUUAACUCCA